AUGCGUGACAACACGCCCCAAGAAGACGAAGCACGCCGGCCUACACCGCCCGGUCUUGACACUGUGGACUGGGCCACGCUGGACCAUGCCUACGGCGCGGCCGAGGACACACCCCAGUGGCUGCAGGUGCUCUUCCAGGCAGCCUGUUGUGCUCUGCACGAACUUAUUGCAUCCAUUGCCCACCAGGGCAGCCGCUACUCGGCCUCGCGCGCAGCCGUUCUGCCGCGGGACAAGGACGAGCUGCAAAACUACAUCGAGGGACGCGCGCUGAGACAUGGCGGCGACAGUGUGCAAGAGGCGCCCGACCUGCGGAAAGGUCUCCGUGAGAGACAGUCAAAACAGUCUGAGUCGUGA